AUGGUCGAAGCAAGUGAUUUGGUCAUCCACCAUCGGGUCUUGCAAAAAUUUCUGCAAGAUGCUGGGACCAGUUUGUCGCAACCAAACUCAACACGGGUAGCCAAAGCGCGAGAAAAGCUAGCCAAACUUUCUGUGAGCCAAUUUGCAGAGUUGAGCACGGACGUUUACGAUGAAUUGCAGAGAAGAACGAAUACGUCACCACAAAAGCCCAAGACGCUAUUGCCAAAGCCUACGUUUCACCCUAAGAGAAAUCAGGCGCGUGAGAAGCUAGCCUCUUUGCAAGAAUCACGGUUUGGUGAUCUGGCCAAAGAUAUUGCAUAUGAGGUUGAAAGAAGAGGAUUUCACGAAAGUGUUGAGCAACCAAGUUAUUCGGAGAAUGUUUAUGGAAAUCAAAGGUCCAUGGAUAAACCAUACGAGAAUCUUGACAUCCUCAAGCACUCUCCACAGAGAACAGGGGUCGAGCAAACCAGGCAGGUCCCAACAAAUGUCUUUCCAUCCACCACUUAUGCUGAUGAGUCGUUUAUGAAUGACAGUACCCUAGAGAUUUCCACACCGGUUGCAGAUGCCUUUCAGAAAGAGAUUCGCUCAAAGCUUGUGGUUCCUUCUAAAGCCUCCCUUUCGUGGUCGAGUGAUGAAGAUGAAGAUGCGGUAUUUCCCAAGGCAGCUAACGAGGUUAAAUUGAAUGGCUCUCCUGUCAAUGAACGACUUUCGUUGCGUCGUAGCAAGGAAACCGACUUGAAAUUGUUGAUGGAAGAAAGCACCAAGAUGGAUCAGAAGAUCACUGCUCUCGAGUCCGAGAAAUACUCGCUUUUGUCCGAUAUAGAGGAUUUAGAGAUAAAGCUCAAAGCUAAAGAGGAAGAACUUGUGAAGCAGCAGAAGGCUUGGAGUCUGGAGAAACAGGGUCUCGAUCAACAGCUAAAAGAACUGCAGCAAAACUUGGAGUUCAAGCACGAAGAGCUUGAAAACACCAAGCAAAUCACGAGUGACUGGGAAGGAAGACACAAAGCUGUAAACGAUGACUUUGCCAGAUUGCAGGAAAUGUAUGAGGAUCUCACUGAUAAGCAUAGGCAGACGUCGGAAACUCACCAGGAAUUGGUCCAGGAAAAGACUUUGCUUAUGGAGCAGAUUUCCAAGCUUCAAGAUGUCAAUAUGGCUCAUCAAUCAAAUGCUUCUGAUAGCUCACAUCUAAUCGAGGAGUUGGCCAAUCUGAAGCAAGCACAUGCCAAACUCCAAGCCGAUAACGAGACCAUGGCCAGAACCGUCUUGGAUCACCAGAACUUGAAUAAGCAGUACGAUGCUUUGAAGGAAGAACAUUCGAAUCUCCAGAGAUCUGUACCCACUGUGGAUCUGACCUCUGAACUGAAGAGUCUCCGUUUGUCGCACUCCGCUCUCCAAGCCGAGAAUGAGCGGCUCAAAAAGUCCUCUGCCAACUCGACAGCAUCUAAUCCUGAAGAUGUGGUAGCUUUGAAGAAGCAAGUCAUUGACUGGCAACAGAAAUACCAGAGUGCUUCUGGAGAUUUUAUUGCCCAGUCCUUGAAUGGAUCCCCUCUUAGUGACCAGUAUAUCAAAUCAAUGACAGCGUCUUCGGGCCUCCUUCUUGCUUCGUCCGUUUCAAAUCUGAUGGCCUCGUCAAAGGUUUUCCUCUUGGGUUUGGAACCAGAAACUCUUGACGUCGAUAUUUUUUUCGAUGGAGUGUCGCAGUUUGCAACCUUUGCUGGUGUGAUUGCUAGCGAAGGGGAAUCUGAUGGUUCCCCUUCUUCCACUGAACAGUGUCGCUUUGUGCGUGCUGCAAUUGCGAACUUCAUAACUGCAUCUCGGUAUUACGCUAUCUACAACAAGUCUAUUCCGAAACUGGUUGUUCAAGCGGCUAUGAAUGAUGUCUGUUUUACAGUGUGUGACUUGAUCGCAGCUGCCAAGAUCAGAAGCGGGACUGACAAAGCAUCAACCAUCUUGAAGACGCCCAUUUCGGACAGGUUUCCCUCAGAGGUUCCCAGAAGCUACUCGACCAAGCCAGAAGAUGACGUGUCUCCCGUUCGCCCCUUGAAAAUGGCGCAGAGACUGGGGUCUGCUACACCCAGCCCUGAAGCGACAUUGCCAAGGACGAGAGACUCUCCUACUCCUCGCAUGUCGUUUUUAGUCAAGCCUGGUUCCAAGCUGAAGGAUGAUGUAAUGUCAACUCCUAACAGUAAAGAUGUUACCUCUCAAGCGUCACCCAGUUCUACAAAGAGCUCAAGCAUUCUUUCCAAGGUGCAACAGUUUGAAUCUCCCGAGAAACUGCAGAACACGAAAAGGUACUCACCACCCAAAGAUUCAUUCCCUUCUUCUAACGCAGGUUUUUCCAAGUUUGGCCUUAAAGCCAACAACGUUUCCCCUAACCAGUCCAGAGUGACUAGCAAAGAUGAUCAGGAUUAUUCUCCUAAUGGUAAGGCCAUACCCUUGAACACUUCAACAAUAGAAAAUCGCAAGCCAUCCGACGGUUCAGCUCAGCGAUCCUUCCAGCCAUCUGCAGUGGACAAUCAACGCAAGGUGACAGCCAAGGAAAAUUUUGACAUUAGCAGAUUCGACAUUAGAGACCCGGAUAACACUCUGGAAGAAUUGUUGCACUAUCUAGAGCACCAGACCGUGGAAGUGAUUGCUGCCAUUCAGAUGCUGCUGGCAUCAAUCAAGGAUCCAAACAUCACGAUUGGUGCCUUGCGUACCAACGCGGAGCAGAUUCUGAAUGUUAUCCACCAAAUGGUGGAAGCAACAAGCACAUCCAUGAACCAGACAAGAAAUGCUAUGCUCAAGGAACACGGCAGUUGGAUAGUCCAGAGUCUUGUCGAUUGCGCAGGAAGGAUGAAAUCACUGUGUGCAUCCAGCUCGAAGGAUCAGGAGUUUGCGGACAAGAACUUCAAGCAGAGAUUGGCUGGAGUAACUUUCGAUAUCGUGAGAAGUACUAACGAAUUGGCAAAGACCGUGGAAGAGGCAAGUUUGAAGGAGGAAAUCGCCAUACUUGAUGCCAGACUCCAGCACGGCGUUGUGGUGAACUGA